AAAAUCCAAUAUGGCGACCGGCGGUCAAACACAAGUUGAAGAAGAAGACGCAACAGAACUUCAAUUUCCUAAAGAAUUUGAAAAUGCUGAAACCCUGUUAAACUCGGAAGUGUACAUGCUUCUUGAGCACAGAAAGAAAAAGAACGAAGCGGCCGAAGAAGAGCAAGAACUAUCUGAAGUGUUUGUCAAGACUCUAGACUACACACAGAAAUUCAAUCGCUACAAGAACAGAGAAACAAUCGCCCAAGUACGUAGUUUACUUGGUAAAAAGAAACUUCAUAAAUUUGAAUUAGCUUGUUUAGCUAAUCUUUGUCCAGAGUCGGCAGAAGAGGCAAAGGCUCUUAUACCAAGUCUUGAGGGACGUUUUGAUGAYGAGGAUCUAAAACAACUUCUAGAUGACAUUCAGACUCACAGAAGUUUCCAGUAUUGAUGAGAUCUUCUAGAACACUUGAUCAGUCAGAAACCUUUGCAUCUCCAUUCCCAAURAAAUUUAGACUCCUUCACUAGGAAUGGAUGUGAGGAAUUCUGAAUAAAAUACAGAACAGUUCCAAAAGCUGAACAUAUGUACACGAAAAAAAAAUAUUUAUUUUUGGAUAACAGUGAAGUGAGUUACUCAAAAACCUUGUACACUGUAAAUAACGUUUAUCAAUAAAGCAUGGAAACACUYGUUUGUUCCUUUGUUUUACUUGC